AUACUUGGAAGGCAUCACCACAUCAACCUCAAAUUCUGAGCACAAGCUCUUUGAACUGUGAAACAGGAACAUAACAUAGCAUAACAGGAGUAGAAGAACAGCGAAACUGAAGAAGAGAAAGAGAGUAGAAGAAAAAGCAUCACCAAGGAUGGGUGUAGAUUACUACAAGAUCUUGCAGGUGGAUAAGAAUGCCAAAGACGAUGACUUGAAGAAGGCUUAUAGGAAACUUGCCAUGAAAUGGCACCCUGAUAAGAACCCAAACAACAAAAAAGAAGCUGAAGCUAAGUUUAAGCAAAUUUCAGAAGCCUAUGAGGUACUUAGUGAUCCUCAGAAGAGAACUGUCUAUGAUCAAUAUGGAGAAGAAGGUCUCAAGGGUCAGGUUCCUCCUCCUGAUGCUGGUGGUGCUGGAACUACUUUCUUUUCCACAGGAGACAUGCCAGGAUCUUUUCGAUUCAAUCCCAGGAAUGCUGAUGACAUUUUUGCAGAAUUUUUUGGGUUUUCAAGCCCAUUUGGUGGCAUGGGUGGAAGAGGUGGCGGCGGAGGCAUGAGAUCAAGGUUCUCUGGUGGAAUGUUUGGUGAUGACAUGUUUGCAUCUUUUGGGGAAGGAGGAGGAGGAGUACAUAUGAGUCAAGGUGCACCUCGGAAAGCUCCUCCUAUAGAGAACAAGUUGCCCUGCACACUUGAGGAGAUAUACAAAGGGACUACAAAGAAGAUGAAGAUCUCUAGAGAAAUUGCUGAUGUCUCUGGGAAAACCAUGCCAGUGGAGGAGAUCUUGACAAUUAAUGUCAAGCCUGGUUGGAAGAAGGGAACAAAGAUCACCUUCCCAGAGAAAGGAAAUGAACAGCCAAAUGUCGCACCUGCAGACCUUGUUUUCAUCAUCGAUGAAAAACCGCAUGGUGUAUUCACUCGCGAUGGAAAUGAUCUGGUUGUCACUCAGAAGAUUUCUCUUGCAGAGGCCUUAACUGGUUACACAGUGCAUCUCACUACCUUGGAUGGUAGAAACUUAAGCAUACCGAUCAACAGUGUUAUUCAUCCUAACUAUGAGGAGGUUGUUCCAAGAGAAGGAAUGCCCCUCCCCAAGGAUCCUUCAAAGAAGGGAAAUUUGAGGAUAAAGUUCAACAUCAAGUUCCCAACUCGGCUCAAUGAAGAGCAGAAAGCAGGAAUCAGAAAACUCUUGGCUGCCUAAGCCUGAGAUUAAAAUAGAUUGAUGUUAAUAGUAUAGUACUUGGCAUAUAUCCACGGGACAUGUAUAUUUACCAAUAAAUUUCGUUGCUUCAACGUAUAUUGUAUUGUGAUUUUGUGAAAAUUUUUUUGAUUAGAUUCUUUUGUAUGGUUUAUUAGUUGGUGGGCAAAGCUUCCCUUGUUAUGUAAUGGCAGGGCUUAACGAUGUUAGGAUCACAAAUUGUCAAAUUUGAUUGAAAGCUGUUGUUGCUGUGAAUAACUUUGCAUAUUCAUAUACUUAAAGGUAACAAAUGCAAUCAAAGUUAUACGCC